AUGGAAAACAACCCAUCUCUUAAAGGUCAAGGGUCGAGCGGUGCCUUUAAUAGGGUACACGUACGCGUACGUCUUAUUACGGUUACACCUACACGUGCAUACUUGCUUCUGGCGAACAAGGGAGGUGGACCAGCUGUAGUUGUUUAUGAUGCGAUGCACGAUACGCUCGGAUCACGUGCACAGCGCGCAACGCACCUCACCCUUUGA